AUCUCCAAUCAAAGAGGUCAGAUUUUUGAACUGGAAAACGUCAAACUCAGUUUUAACUUACAGAGAAACGCUGAGCUCGUUUUCAGAUACCUUUUGUGCGCUUAUAAUGUCCAUAAAAGGCGCGUGGCCCGCCACAAGAGCACCUCUGGAAGAACGACUUCAUGAAAUGGUGGAUCAAGUUCGAGUCAAGUAUUGCAAGGAUUCGAAUGAGAUUGUGAAAUCGAUGGACAUCAGAAAUAUUAUUAUGCCUCCUGGCCUGAAAACGUCGACCAUUGUUUCGACUGAGCUGGCCGUUGUCGAAAUAUUCUUCACAGUUGUCGAAGAUUCAGAGGAGUUGGAGGUGACAAUUUUACUGUUUUAUGAUUCAGUUGAAGAUUCUUGCAGAGGGUUGUUGAAAAUAUCGGGGGAGCUUCCCUGUGACCUGAAUCGAUUUAUGCAUGAAUACGUAAUGCCCGUUCCCCAAAAUGGAUCAUUGAAUAUAUGGUACUUGAAUGAAUUUUCGCCGAUUCAUAUUUCAAGGUUCCCUAAGAUAUCUUCUCUUCAUCGCAGGUCACACGAAAACUUUCAGCAUGACUUAGCACAGCGUAAUUGGAGACUUUGGAAUUGCCCUGAGCUAGGUAAGAUCGGACCACCAAGUAAUUUGGAGCGGCAUCCAAGUUCCGAAAACGAGGCAGAGUCUUACUGUGACAUUCUAUCAGUGUUGAUGGAUGAACGUGUCAAUCAAAAUUCAAGACUUUCAAAGCUUCCAAUUGAGCUCAUCGAAAAUAUUUAUUCCAAGUUGGAGACCACCUGGACAUCUCAUAUUGAGACACGAGGAAUAUUUGCUAGCGUAGUUGCCAAAGUUAUGUUCCCGCCUCCUUGUGGAAUCAAUGUAAACAUGAUGCCGAUUACAAUAGGAAACUCAAGCUCCAUUCCUAAAAAUAUGAAACAAUACAUUCCGCUUUUGGCAGCCUGUCCUGUAAACUUCGGAGAGUUUGGAGAAUGUGGUUAUUUGACAAUCCAUGAAUCCACAAUAAGUGAAGAGGGAUCAAGUCAGAGAAGGGGUGGGAUCCAUUUGGAGACUCCUGGGAAGAUCUGGUUAGAGGGAAACCGGGAUCCUUCUCUUGAAACAAGCCACGGUGGUGUGUGGAGUAUCCAGCAAGACCCUCCGCUAACAAUAGGAUGGGGAAGAGGUGACGCCAUAGGCGUUUACGAUGACAAUCUGGAAACUCAUUACGAGUACAUAGGGGGAAUCUACAUGGCAUCUAAUAUAGCCGACAGUUGUCGUGUAUGGAACUGCAAAGUCACCGAUCCGGCCGACAUUGUAGGACCUUUGGGGGACUUGGAGCACAUGAAGUCAGUCUUCGGCAAAGGCCAGACCCUGGAUGCUGGCGAGAUGGUGUGGAUGACAGAUUGCACUCCCCACGAAUCCCUCCCUCUUCCAAAGGGAACUGAAAGACAGUACUUCCGACUGGUGACCAGUGAAGUCAGUGUGUGGUAUGCCGACCACUCCACUCCAAACCCACUGGGCAUAAAACCACCUGGACAUGUCAAAAUAAUACAUGGCAGCAAGUUCGGAAAGAGUCCAAAAAAUGUACUCAAGUCGUUCAAAAAGAUGAUGAAAAGAAAAUAAAAUUCAAUAAGUUUUUUAAAUGUUUUGCUCAAGUGUUAGUGAACGCUGUGACCGUCCACUUAUUUAGGUCGUGGCCUUCAUAUUUUCGGUUUUUUCCACUUUCCCCCCUUAUUGCAUAUUUUUCAUUUAU